AUGAGAUCAAUCUAUCUUCUGAGUGGGCUUGCAGCUACGGCUUGGGGAGCUGUGGCUCCCAAAGUCACGAGCGAAACUGAGUAUGAGUAUGUUGUCAUUGGCUCAGGCGCUGGAGGAGGAGCAGUGGCGGCGACUUUGGCUCGAAAGGGUCAUUCUGUCUUUCUCAUUGAAGCAGGUGAAGAUCAGGGCGACGAGCUUUCUCAACAAAUUCCAGCGCUUUCGGGUCAGGCAGCAGAGGGUUUGAACUCUUCAUGGCAAUUCUUUGUUCACCACUACCGAAACAACGAAACGCAGGCGUACCGUGAUCCGCACUACACCUAUCUCAUGAGUAAUGGCUCUUACCAUAUCGGCCCAAACCCGCCUGAGGGCGCGGAACCGCUAGGAAUCGUUUACCCGCGUGGUGCCACUGUGGGUGGUAGCACUCAGGUGAAUGCUAUGAAUCUUGGCCCCCCGCCUGACCACGAGUGGGAUUAUAUCGCCGAAGUAACUGGUGAUGAUUCAUUCGAGGCGGCUGCCAUGAGGGAAUACUUCAUGAAGGUCGAGAAUUGUAACUAUCUCCCUCAAGGUACCCCGGGCCAUGGUUUUGACGGAUUUAUAACACUCUCUCGAAACAAUGUUACUUAUCUCACCGGAUCCGCUGGUGUGGUGGACCAGCUGUCAAAGGCUUCCCUAGAAGUCGAAGGCAUUGAACCUAAUAGCACUGAUGCUUUGGCCGAUCUACUGCUUCGGGAUCCCUACCCUCCCGGGGAGUAUUCUGAGGGUAUUUUCAUGCUCGUUUCGGCUGUUACUGAGACCAAGCGUCGAUCUGGCGCGCGCACUUAUGUCGUGGAUACGCUGAAUGCGAAGAACGCUGACGGCAGUAAAAAAUAUCCGCUGACACUCAGCACACGCUCUCUCGCGACCAGGGUAUUGUUUGACCAACAAGGCCAAUCUCCCCGGGCAUAUGGAGUUGAGUAUAUGGUCGGGGACGCGCUUUAUGCCGCCGACCAACGAUACGAUUCCUCCACGACAGGGGAAGUUGAAACCGUGCUCGCCUCAAGGGAGGUCAUCGUGUCAGGCGGCUCCUUCAACACUCCACAAAUCCUCAAGCUCAGUGGUGUUGGGCCUCGUGAAGAACUCGAGAAGUUUGACAUACCUGUUGUCGCUGAUGUUCCCGCCGUGGGGGCCUUCUUGCAGGAUAACUAUGAAGCGACCGUCAUCGGCGAUGCAGCUAUCGACUGGGAUAACUACUCCGAGAAUUGCACCUUCGAAUUCGUGGCCAGUGAUCCAUGCUACCAGGAGUGGCUAUUGAGUGGCACUGGACCAUAUGGCGAAGCUGCAGCGCCUCUGUCACUGGUAUAUCGCUCCAGCGUGAGCGACAACGAGCAUCCGGAUCUGUGGCUCUACGGUGCCCCGGGAGCCGCGGUCACGGGCUUCUAUCCUGGCUUCUCCCGACCGGCAGCUUCUCCUGCUUCCUUCUCCUGGGCCCUGGCGCAAAUGCCCGGCCCCGGUAGCGAUGCCCAGGGGAGUGUCACGCUGCGUUCCCGCAACCCGCGCGAUACACCGGUGAUUGACUUCAACUACUUUGUCGGUGACGCUGGCGAGCGGGACCUCCAGGCCCUCGUGGAGGCCGGCGAGCUGGCGUUGAACCUCUUCAACCAGACGAGCGAGACCUGGGCGCCCAUCACGAUAGUGAGCCCCGGGCCCGGCGAGGACCUUCGGCAGUCGCUCAAGGACGAGGCGUUUGGCCAUCAUGCUACUGGGACCUGUCGCAUGGGGCCCAAGGGGGACCGCGAUGCCUGCGUCGACUCCCAGUUCCGCGUUCAGGGUGUCGAAGGUCUGCGUGUGGUUGAUGCGUCUGUUUUCCCUCGCGCGCCCGGCGCAUGGCCUACUAUGCCUACGUACAUGAUUGGUCUCAAGCUGGCGGACAUCCUGUCGCGAGAGGCUUCUUCUUGA